AUGUUCCCAUUGCAAGGUGCCCAGAUGCUGCAGAUGCUGGAGAAAUCCUUGAGGAAGAGCCUUCCUACAUCCUUAAAGGUUUAUGGGACCGUCUUCCACAUGAACCAGGGGAACCCUUUCAAGCUAAAGGCCCUGGUGGACAGGUGGCCUGAUUUUAAUACAGUGGUUAUCCGCCCUCAGGAGCAGGACAUGACAGAUGACCUUGAUCACUACACCAAUACUUACCAUAUCUACUCCAAAGACCUCAAAAAUUGUCAGGAAUUCCUCAGCUUACCAGAAGUCAUCAACUGGAAACAGCAUUUGCAGAUCCAAAGUUCACAGUCCAGCCUGAAUGAAGUAAUACAAAGUCUUGCAGCCACUAAAUCCUUCAAAGUCAAGCGAUCACAAAACAUUCUCUAUAUGGCGAUUGAGGCAAUAAGGGAACUGGCUCCUUCCCUGCUGGAUGUAAAGAACUUAUCACUUAGCCAUGGCAAACCCAAGGCCAUUGACCAAGAGAUGUUUAAACUCUCAUCGUUGGAUCCUACCCACGCUGCCGUGGUGAAUAAAUUCUGGCAUUUCGGUGGCAAUGAGUGGAGCCAGCGGUUCAUCGAGCGCUGUAUCUGGACCUUCCCCAACUUCUGCCUGCUGGGGCCCGAGGGGACCCCUGUGUCCUGGUCCCUGAUGGACCAGACAGGAGAGAUGCGGAUGGGGGGCACCCUGCCUGAGUACCGGGGCCAUGGUCUCGUCACCUAUGUCAUCUAUUACCAGACCCAGGCUCUGAUCAAACGUGGCUUCCCCGUGUAUUCUCAUGUAGACAAGAAUAACAAAAUUAUGCAGAAAAUGAGUCGCAGUCUGAAUCAUAUCCCUGUGCCCUGUGACUGGAACCAGUGGAACUGUGUGCCUCUGUGA